CUCGUGCUCUCUCCUCCACAUCCCGGCAUCCUCCGUCGCACCAUCGUGCAGGCUGCGGCUUCCUCUGCCUCUGACCUUACACCAGUCGCCUUCUCCCCUCCAUUUAGUUGUGGAGCCUAGCUCGAAUUUACAUAUCUCCGAGAGCCAUCGUUGAAGCUGCUGCCCUCUGAUACAACUUUUGCAUAUUGCCUCCCUUGACGAACCAUUUUGACGUUGUUAGACCCCUCAAAUUGUGAAAUGCUUACCAAAGGGAGGAGAGUUGCUGGAAGGGGUGAAGCAAUGUCUGCACAUUAUGCAUUUGGGCCACAUGAGGAUGAUGCGAUUAUUAAGCACCGGCUUCUGACCAGGACCACAACUACCAGGGGUGAACCACCUCUAAAGAAGCUCCAAAAGAAGUUCAUGUCCUUCGCUGCCGAGACAGAGAAGGAUGCAGACAAUACAAUGGACUGUGAGAGACUGUACAAGGCCUUUCUACAGGAAAUUAACACUUUCGAGCUGCCUCUUCUGAAAAGCAAGGCUGUGGUUGAUGCAAACCUUAGGGAGAAGGAGAGCUUCAAUGAGCUGCAGGUCGAAAUCCAGCGACAAAUCUUGCAAGCUCAGACUGAUAUUGAGGAUCUUAAGAAGCAACUUGAACAAAGCAAGAUUGAGAGGCAGCACAAGGAGGAGUGUGAAGCGAUCAGAAAACUGAUUUCUUUGCAGCCUCCACGGUCAGAAACCAAGAAACUCAUUGCUGAUCUUGAGAAGGAGAUAACUAAUUUGGAGGCUGAGAGUGCAGCAUGUGCAAGGACGUUAGAGCUUCGGAAGAAGCAGUUUGCUCUUCUCCUACAUGUGGUGGAGGAAUUGCAAAUCUCUAUCGAAGAUGAGCAAAGGAGCAUAGCAGAUGAGCUGAGAGCCGCCGCUGAGGAGCCAAAGAUGAGCAUGGAGGGAGGUAGUGGUGGCGGUGCUUCAGAUGCAAUGGCUGUAGACUGACUGAUCAAUGGUCCUGUAGCACCAGCGAGUCUAACAGUUCUGUGGUUGAUGGUGUUCUUUCAACUAUAAGGUGCAAUCUCGACGGUGAAGCUGUUCCCCCGUUCCGAAUUAUAAGAACUUACCGCAUGUGUAUAGACGUGUUUUUGUCUGUCUAUUCACUCAUUUCAGGUCGUAUGUAGUCUACAUUAAAAUAUCCAAAACAUUUUAUAAUUCGGAAGGUAGGGUGUAUGUUAUAUGAAGAAAAACCACAAUAUAUCAUGGUGGAACGUCUUCUCAUCCAGACUCAAA